AAGAAAGUCGCCAUUUUGCGUUCGUUGAGACGGAUAAAGACUCUGUGAAUGACGGCUAGUUCGAGCUGAGUAGCGUUCGUUUAAUUAUCGUUCCUUUGUUUUUUCUUCCAUCAUUCGUUCGGCUGUGCCGUGUUAAACAGCGUUGAUGAUUGGGAUUCCGCGUGACGAUCGACAUAAGAUCACGGUUAAAAUCCGCAACAAUAUGAAAAGAAGCUCUAGUCGAGACACUCCACCUCCUCGCGUCAAACGGAGCAGAUCCUCCAUGGGACGAUACGAUGAUUCUAGUGAUGAAAGAAUUACUCCAGAAAGAAUCCGUCGACGUAGUAGAGGUGCAAGAAGUCCCAGUCCUCCAACUCGUGCAUCAUCUCAUGCUCGUUAUGUAGAAUCCAGUUCUCACAGAGAUGAUUAUUUAAGAGCACCUAGGGAAUUACCACCAGAGCGCCCAUACGGCUACAAAGUACUUUGUAUCAGCUCAAUUCACCCAAAAGCAAGCGAUGAAGUUAUUAAAGAUACUCUUUACAGAGAAUACAAGAAAUUUGGGGAUUUCUCUAUUAGAAUUUCCCAUGAACUAGACGAGCGUGUUGCAUAUGUUUGCUUCAGAAGUUCAGAAGAUGCUAGAGAUGCAAAACAUGCGAAACCAAGAAUUAUUAUGUAUGACAAAGUGGCACUUGUUGAGCCAGUUUAUGAGAGACCAGACACUUAUCGUCGUCCAAGAUCAAUCACACCACCUGAUUAUGAAAGAUACUACGCUAGAAGCCCUGGUCCAACAGAUAGACAUAGACCAUUGGAAAGAUAUGAAAGAGUUUACGGACCUCCAGUUGGAUUGCCUCCACCGCAUAGAGAAAUGAGACGUGAAGCAAUUCCUCCCCCUCAUCAUGACUUUGUUAGACCACCAAUUCAUCAUGGUCCACCUCAUGUUCAUCCUGGUCCACCACAUCAUUAUGGUCCCCCAAGACAUAUGAUGAUACGACAUCCGGUUCAUGGAUUUGAAAGAGUAGAAAAUAAAAAAGACAAAUUCCCUAAUUAUCUGCAUCAUGUUUCACCAGAAGAUGAUCCACUGGCAACAAGAACUCUCUUUGCAGGAAACUUAGAAAUCAAUAUCACCGAAGAAGAAUUAAGGAGGAUUUUUAGUAAAUAUGGAAUUGUUGAUGAUAUUGACAUCAAAAGACCUCCACCAGGAACAGGAAAUGCUUACGCUUUUGUCAGAUUUCAAACAUUAGACAUGGCGCAUAGAUGUAAAGUUGAGUUGUCUGGACAGUACAUAGGAAAGUUUCAAUGCAAGAUUGGUUAUGGAAAAGCUACUCCUACUACGAGAAUUUGGGUUGGUGGUUUAGGACCAUGGACAUCUGUACCGCAAUUAGAAAGAGAAUUUGAUCGAUUCGGGGCCAUAAAAAAAAUUGAUUACAUAAAAGGCGACAGCAAUGCUUACAUUCUGUAUGAUUCGAUUGACGCGGCUCAAGCUGCUGUGAAAGAAAUGAGAGGUUUUCCUUUAGGUGGUCCAGACAGAAGAUUGAGAGUCGAUUUUGCAGAUGUUACACCAGGAUUUGGAUUUAAACCAAGACCUUAUCCAGAGGAAAGCGGUGAGUUUAGACCAAGACCAGUAGAUUAUGAUUCUUCUUAUGAUCCUUAUGGACCAGAUAAUGACUUCGGCUAUGGACCAAGAGGAUUCAGGGGUAGGGGAUCUAACCCAUGGCAUGAAAGGAGAGGUGGAGGAAGGGGUGGUUAUCGUGGGUCCUAUCCAGAAAGUUACAUGAGAGACGAAGCUGACUGGUCUAGUCGUAGACCACCUCCAGAGUUGGAGUAUGAAGCUCCAAGAAGUUUACGUCGAUCUUUAUCAAGGGAACCUGGUGUAGAUAGAUCAAGAUCAAGAUCUCCCCGGAGAAGGCAAAUUGAUUCCGAUUCAGAUUCGGAGAAUACUCGUACCGGAAUGCUUUCUACCUCUCGAACGCUGCCCGAAGUUGCUCGGAAAUCGAUAGCAGUAUGGCAAGGAGCAUUAAUUUUAAAGAAUUCUCUAUUUCCAGCCAAAUUUCAUUUAACCGACGGCGAUACAGAAAUAAUUGAAGCCUUAAUGAAAGACGAAGAUGGAAAGCACAUGCUAAGAAUUACACAACGAUUGCGCUUAGAUCAACCAAAAUUAGAUGAUGUCUCGAAAAGAAUUCAAACUUCCAGCUCGCACGCUAUUUUCCUAGGAUUGGCUGGUUCAAGUACAGUUAUUUCUACAGACGAUGCUAAUGUACAAACAAGACCACUGCGUAAUUUGGUAUCAUACUUGAAGCAAAAAGAGGCGGCAGGAGUUAUUUCGCUGCUUAACAAAGAUACAGAGGGGACUGGAGUUCUUUAUGCAUUUCCACCCUGUGCAUUUUCUACAGAACUAUUGAAAAGAACUUGCCCCAGCCUCAGUGAAGAAGGACUUAAGGAGGAUCACCUGGUAAUCGUCGUUGUUAAGGGGGGUAGCGCCUAA